AUGGCGGGCUCGAGCAAGGUAGCGGACAUCCUGCACAAGACGGUGACGGGCGGCCUGGUGCUGGUCACGGCCUUCGCGCUGGCCGACGUGACGCGCGGCUUCGGCGUGCUGGUGAAGCGCAACAUGGACCGGCGGGCGGCGCACGCGGCGGCGGAGCAGGAGCAGGAGCAGACCGACGCCGGCCACAAGGACUAG